GCAGGAGGAAGCGCGUGACCAGGGCGGACGCACGUGACCCGCCGGGUGCCGCCACGUGACCCGCCGGCGACACCACGUGUCCCUGGCUGGGCCCGGCCAUGGCGGGCGCGGUGGCGGCCGCGGGCUCCGUGGAGCAGUUCCAGAAGCUGCUGCAGCGCCCGGACCGGUCCCUGGUGGUGGUGCACUUCUGGGCGCCGUGGGCUCCGCAGUGUGUGCAGAUGAACGAGGUGAUGGCAGCGCUGGCACGGGAGCACAGCCAGGUCACCUUCGUGCAGCUAGAAGCUGAGGCUGUGCCUGAAGUGUCUGAAAAAUAUGGAAUUAGUUCUGUUCCAACGUUCUUGUUCUUUAAGAACUCACAGAAGGUGGAUCGCCUGGACGGCGCGCACGCCCCGGAGCUGGCGCAGAAGGUGCAGCGGCACGCAGCGGGCACGGCGGGCACGGCCGGCCCCGGGGGCGCUGCCCCGGCCCAGGAGCAGCUGCACGCCCGCCUCAGGGGGCUCAUCAACGCCGCCCCCUGCAUGCUCUUCAUGAAGGGCUCUCCCAAGGAGCCCCGCUGCGGCUUCAGCAGGCAGAUGGUGGAGAUCCUACAGAAGCACGGCGUGGCCUUCAGCAGCUUCGACAUCUUCUCAGACGAGGAGGUGCGCCAGGGCCUCAAAACCUUCUCCAACUGGCCAACCUACCCCCAGCUCUAUGUCAAGGGGGAGCUCAUCGGGGGCCUGGACAUCGUCAAGGAGCUCGAGGCAUCGGGAGAGCUGGACACGAUCUGCCCAAAGGGCCAGAAGCUGGAGGAGAGGCUUAAAUCCUUGAUAAACAAAGCUCCUGUGAUGCUCUUCAUGAAGGGAAACAAGCAGAUGGCAAAAUGUGGCUUCAGCAAGCAAAUCCUAGAAAUCAUGAAUGACUCCGGUGUGGAUUACGAGACCUUUGACAUUCUGGAGGAUGAGGAGCCCUGUCCAGCAUUCCCAGCAGUCCCUGUUGGAUUCCCAGCCCUGUCCAGCAUUCCCAGCAGUCCCAGUCUGAUUCCCAGCAUUCCCAGCAUUCCCUGUGUGAUUCCAGGUGCGCCAGGGGCUGAAAUCCUUCUCCAACUGGCCCACGUACCCCCAGCUCUACGUCAAGGGGGAGCUGGUGGGGGGCCUGGACAUUGUCAAGGAGCUGAAGGAAACUGGGGAGCUGCUGCCUGUGCUCAAGGGGGAGAAUUGAUGGGGAGGAGAUGAGAAAUCCCUGGGACAAUUAGAGAUUCUCCUGGAGAAACACACACCUGCAGCCCUGAGCAGCAUCAGGAGGGGAAGCAGACAGCAAAUAAAUAGAAAUAUUCUCUCUGUGAAAAGGAGUUUGACUAGGGACACAAAAAGGUCAAUUAAAAUUUUCAGUGCUCCAGGA